CAUACACAGUCGAUGUAAGACUGUGGAAAGGAGUCGAGGCUUAUUUCCUCGAGCAAAUUAAAAUAAAACAGGAAUGUGUGAAAAAGAAAUAGAAAAGGGGUAAGGGGAAACAGUGCCCUCAACAAAGAUGGCGAAAGGGGCUUCCCAAAGGAAGGAUUGGCGAAAGAAAGAGAACGGAAGAAGGGCGGGAGGGGAGACGGAGGCGUGACGCACAAAGGCUGCGACGCCCAAGAGGUGGAGGCGGCAGGACUGAGCACCCUGAGGGAUGCCCAAGAAGUUUCAGGGGGAGAACACCAAGUCGGCAGCCGCCAGGGCAAGAAAGGCUGAAGCCAAAGCAGCGGCAGAUGCAAAGAGACAGAAGGAACUGGAAGAUGCCUUCUGGAAGGAUGAGGACAAACACGUCAUGCGGAAGGAACAGAGGAAGGAAGAGCGUGAGAAGCGUCGCCUAGAGCAGUUGGAACGGAAGAAAGAACUUCAACGUCUCUUAGAAGAGGAAGAUGCCAAGCUGAAGGGGAAGUCACCCAAGCCAUUGACCCCAGGCAAAGUCACUCGUGCCCAGAUCGACGAGACACUUCGGAAAGAGCAGAAGGAGAACGGGGAUGCCGCUGAAAAGCAGAAAAGUCACCUUGAAAUGCCCUUGGAGGAAAACAUCAAUCGCCAAGUCCUGGAGGAAGGUGCAGUGGAGGCACGGACCAUCGAAGAUGCCAUCGCAGUGCUCAGCGUGGCUGAUGAUCUGGACCGCCACCCAGAACGCCGGAUGAAGGCGGCCUUCACGGCCUUUGAGGAGGUCAACCUGCCCCGCCUGAAGCAGGAGAACCCCAACAUGCGUCUCUCCCAGCUCAAGCAGCUCCUCAAGAAGGAGUGGAUGAAGUCUCCAGAGAAUCCCAUGAACCAGCGGCACCUGGCCUACAACAGCCAGAAAUGAGACUUUUUGUGGGGAGGGGAACAUGAAAAGAGAUGUGUGGAGGGCAAAACAGCAUCAACACCAUCCAUCCCACCUCCCUUCUUCCUCCCGCCACCCAUAACCGGUCCCACCAAAACACUUUCUGUGAGGCCUGUGCGGUGACCAUACUGUGCUGCUUUUAAGGAUAAAAAGGUUGCAGAUAUUUCUGUUUCCCCUUCCUCCCACCCUUUGUUUGGUUGAUUUCCCCACUUACCAGCUUUUUGGGAUUUGAGGCUUUGCCCACCUUAAGCCAGUCUCAUGUCAAGUCAGAGAUGACCCAGGGUUGCCCUGCAAGCUGGCAGGAUCACAGUCUCCUGAUUUUGGAUGCCAGAGAGAGGGGGAAGGAAGCGAGAGACCUUUGGGUCUCUGGCUCAUUUGGACUGCAGUUUCCAUCAGCCCCUUACCAGUGUGAUUGGUAGGAAUGAAUUGUGGGACUUGUAGCAAAGAACAUCUGAUAAGUCAAAGUUUUUCCCCAGCUCACCCUAGUGAGCUGUCUGGCAUCACUUCUAGGAAGGAUAUUGCCUUUGCCGGAUCUUAAAACAGAGCUGGCCAACUGCAUGGCAUCCAGAGGCCUCCCCUCCAACCAGGCCCAUAGCCCUCCCCAUCCAGCAUGCCAAAAACCUCUUAAAGUGUUGGUUUUUUUCAGUGUCCCUCUCAAAAAUGGGCACUGGUGGUGUCAUGAUGUUGCCAUUUUGAGAGGUAACCUAUGGAAACCAGACAGCUUUGGGGACUGCCUGUGUGGGUGCUUUCAUGCUUUCUGGGGAUUUUCAUGUGAAAAUCUUCCAAAAAUCAUGGCAACAACAAUGCAGUAGGGGCUUUGUGGCACUGGCAGAGGCCUUCCGGUGUGUGUGUUGAAUUUGUCAGCCAGCGUGAGCAAUGAACGGGAGAGGAAGGUGUGGACUGGCGCCAUGCUUCAUCAAAUUGUCCGUGGCUAUGAGCUGUGCAGAAUCCCCUCAUCACUCCUGCUGUCAUUUUUCCUGACCCUUUGAACCCCAAAGCAUGUGCUUUCUCCUCUCCCCCCCAUGGCAUGAUGACCUUCAUCCUUCAAACCCUGCACUUCUCAAUGGUUUUUGUCCAGAGCCAUCCUUUAUCUCUCCUAGCUAUAAUGUCACUUAUGCCUUCCUGUCUCAGCGGAUUGGUCCCAAAGGGACACGCUUGUUUUCUCUGUCCGCUCUCCUGCCUUAAACAGUUUUGCCCAUUCUCUGCUGGUGAUGUGUACAGAAUCCCACUCCUAACACACACACUUUCUUAUGUACACAAACACACACAUGCUGUGUUGUGCCACACUGAUACUGGCAAAGUUUGCAGCUGGCAGGAGCCUGAGAUGAAGAGUCUUACAGGAGGAUUUCCCCCUUUUUUCUGUAUAGAAAAGAGAGUUGCAGGUUGUGCUUUGGAUGGUCCGCAGGCUUGAAACUGGGAUGGUCUCAGAAAGCCAGCCAUUUUGUGCCUAGCAGCCAGACCUCCAAUUCACCAUUUUGCUUCCUCCUUCCCACCUUAGAUCGACACUGCUGGGAAGCCUCUUUUGCCUCCUUUUCUGCUGCUCCACGCUCAGAGAGAUCCAGACUUUAAGGAAACCAAACAGCUUUCUCACUAACCACUGGGAAAAAGCACCCCCUGCCCUGUUCUUGUUUGUGCUGGGCAUGGUCAGCAUUUUUUAAAAACUAGAUGCACACUCCUUGAUCCGACUUGGAAACACCUUUCCCGAGGGAAUAAAACAUGCACCAGAGUGGUGCCAUCCUU